AUGGGUCCUGUGGUGGGAUUGUCGCCUGGCCCUGGUCCGGUGUCUUCUCUGGCUGCCUCUGCGUCACCGGUUGCUGGUUCUCCGGGUUGGGAGGUUGCGGCGCCGGCCGAGAUUGUGGAAGAGGGAGGGGACUUGGUGCUGGUUCUUAAGAAUGCUUCUCUUCCGGCGGCCCCCGUGCCUCUUGCGUCUAUGUCUGUCCCUUCCGCGCAUCUGCCUUCUGCUCAUCUUUCCUCUGUUACUCUGCCCCCUGUGGUGUCGGCCCCUGCAGCAUCGCCCUCUGUGAUUGUGUCCCCGGCGACUCUGCCCGCUAUGUUGCCGGCCUGUGUCCGGCCGACUCCUGUGCUUCAGUCCCAUGUGGUUCCACCGUCUGUACCGAAGCUGUGCAGCCUCUUCCCAUGA